AUGCCACUUGCUACUGCCCACAUCCGCAUUGCACGGCCAACCGACGACAUCGACAAACUGCUGCCUUUCUACCGUGAUGGUCUCGGGUUUGAGAUCCUCGGCAGCUUUGACGACCACCAAGGUUUUGACGGUGUCAUGCUAGGCCACAAGUCAGCUGGCUAUCACCUCGAGUUCACACGAAGCCGAGGCCACGUCGUUGGAAGGGCGCCUACCCAAGACAACCUCCUCAUUUUCUAUCUCCCGGAGACCGACAGCUACGCUAGGGCAGUGGCGCGGAUGAAAGAAAGUGGCUUCCCGGCCGUUGCGAGCUUCAAUCCUUACUGGGACAAAUGCGGCAAGACAUUUGAGGACCCCGACGGAUACAGAGUGACCCAGGAUUUGUUAAGAAUUUCCCCACGGCUGUUACCGAGCCACCUAUGUCUCAAAUCGCCUUUCCACAUUGCGGAUAAAUUCCGGCUCUGGUGGCUCUGCUUGACGGCAGUCAUUGCCAUUGUUAGUGGCCAACAAACGGGGGAGCACCCAGACUGGCCGCGAUGGUGUGGGAAGGUUUAUCAGCCUGGAUACCCAAACUUUGACCCCGGCGGCCAGACUUUUCCACCUCUAACCCCCCUUAUCACCGACCAGCCGCUCCUCCACGUGCUCUUCCGUCCGCGGUACAGCCUCUACCUAGAUAAUGAGGAGUACGGCGAGUUCGUGGUGAAUGCCGAAUUCUCAUUGUAUCAUGGCACGCCCUGGCCAAACACCACCAGCUCGUCCAAGUGGGCUAACCGGCUGAUUUUCUCCAUCAAUGUUGCCGAGGACGAUGAGCCCCUUGUGCAAAACACGGUUCCCGUCAACACCACCGGCAACAUCUUUCGCUUCGAGCUUGCCCGCCUAAAGCCGAGCUUUACUCCCAUAGAAAUAGUUCUCUACGGCGCCCCAGAAGAUGGCACCCCAGCUUGGACCGCCACGACCACCCUCCUUUACCUGCCCUCCAAGCCCAACGGUAGCGUGACGCGCAUCGACAACCUCCGUGGCGGCCUCUACUUUAGUAACCCGUCCACAAACCACACUUUUACGCCGUUUUUCCCUUAUGGGUUCUAUGCUUCCUACGACGGCUUUCUCCGGCACAAUGACACAUCCUUGAUCGACCAGUACACCGCGCUCGGCCUAAAUGCCAUGACGCCUUUAACUAGCUUCAACGACUCAGACCCAAUAUUGGACUACAUGUCUCAAACCAACCUCCCUUACAUGUACUCCCUCCGCGACAUCUACCGUAACACCACCCUCAUCCCGCCCAACCUGCGCGCACGCACCAGCCCCGCCACCACCGGCCUCUUCGCCUACUGGACCGCCGACGAGCCCGACGGCUGGCAAGACCCGUUCGCCCUCCCGGAGGCCGCCCAAACCCUCAUCCACGCGCUCGACCCGUACCACCCGGUCGCCGUCACCCUCAACUGCGCCGACUACUACUUCGGCCCCUACUCGGCAUCCGCCGACCUGCUCAUGGCUGAUGUCUACCCGAUCGGGAUCAACGCGACCUAUUCCAAGUGGGGGACGCCCUGUAAUGCGACAUAUGGGGAUUGUGGGUGUGAUAACUGUGAGGGGGUGGUGCAGGAUGUGCCGCGGCGGUUGGAGAAGUGGAAGAGGUUGGGGGUGUGGUUGGGGCGGUGGCCGAAGACGGUGUUGGUGAAUCCGCAGGCGUUUCAUGGCGAGAAUUAUUGGUUGAGGGAUCCGGGCGUGGAGGAGAGUUGGGUGAUGGUGUUGUUGGCGGUGAAUCAUGGUGUGAAGGGGGUAAUUUCGUGGGUGUGGCCUACGAGUGAGGUGCUGGCGGUAGCGCAUGGGGAGUUGGCGAGGGUGUUGGCGAGGGGGGAGGUGUUGGGGUUUGUAGUGGGUGGUGAGGGACCCGGGAUAUUGGGGGUGGAGCCGGAGGGGACGGAGGUGGUGGAUGUGGCGGGCUGGGUGGUGGACGGGAAGAUGUUGGUAAGCGUGGUUAACGGGGGGUAUGUGGAUGUGGAAGAGGUGGCGGUUCUGGUGCCGAACGCGACUGUCAUUGAGAGCACACCGUGGGGAACUGUCAAGUGGAAGUUGGAAGGAGGCAAGUUGUCGGUCCCGCUGCUGCCGGCUCUGGCGACAAGUCUAGUAAUCCUAGACCUACGAGGGGACGUAGUGUGA